UACAAGCGCUAGUAGCGUUAGCUUUAUGGAUAUUUUGAAUUAGCUGGAAAACGACAGUCGCAGCGCGUUUGGUCACUUAUUUUUGUAACAAAGCAGCAAUGUCUUCAGCUGAGUAUCUGAGAGAGUUUGUUAAUGAGAGACUAACUGCUGCUGCUCAAGAAAUAUUCGGAGUUUUUCAUAAAACUAUCGUCGAGUAUGAAGAAGAGAUCGACCGUCAGAGGAGGCUGUUGGAUGUCGUUUGGAAACCUGAAAUAAAGUUACACAGGAUAGAGCUCCCACAGCAACAUGUGUGUAAGGAGGAGGAGGUUCUCUCUGAGCAGCAGCUCUGUAUUCAGGAGAGGAACUCCAGUGUGGACCAAGAGGAGCCAGAGCCUCCACAGAUUAAAGAGGAAGAGGAGGAACUCUGCACCAGUCAGGAGGGAGAGCAGCUUGUGCUGAAGCAGGAGACUGAUGCCUCCAUGUUGAUUCCUACUCAUGAGGAAAGAGACCACAGUGAAGAUCAGACUCUCAACUUCAGUCCUGAUGAUGCUCUAAGUGCAGCAGAGGAGGAGUUUGAGGUCAACACACCAGGUAUAAGCCCCGUGGUAUCAGAAGAGCACAGUUACCACCAGCUCAUCUACCACAACUCGUUUGAUAUUGAGAGCCGAGAUCAGAGAGGAGACAAACAUGGAGACUCAGAACCAAAACCAAAGAGAAGACAUUACAGUAACAAUGUCAGCAACUCAAACUUGUCAGAGAUUCAUCGUAAUACUCACGCAGGUAAAAAGUCUUUCAAAUGUGAAAAAUGUGGCAACAGUUUUAAAUAUAAAUCAGUAUUGUGGGAACACCUGAGAGUCCACACAGUUAAGAAGCCAUAUUCUUGCAAAAUGUGCGGAAAAGACUUUUUAUAUAGUAAUCGCCUGUCAGCCCACAUGAGAUCACACACAGGUGAGAGGCAGUUUAUAUGUAACACAUGUGGGGAAGCUUUUAAACGUAACUAUGAGCUGACAGUCCACAUGAGAAGAGCCCACACAGGUGAGAAGCCGUACCUUUGAAAGUUCUGUGGGAAAGGUUACUGUGAGAUGUCAGUGUUAAACAGGCAUGUGAGAAUCCACACAGGAGAGAAACCCUAUACUUGUAAAGCAUGUGGGAAAGAUUUCAGGCGUCAUGGUGACUUGUUGGUGCACAUGAGAACGCAUACUGGUGAGAAUCCAUAUACUUGUAAAAUAUGUGGGAAAGAUUUCCCAUAUAACAGUGACUUUAUGGUUCACAUGAGAAUCCACACAGGGGAGAGGCCGUAUAUUUGUAAAAUAUGUGGGAAGGAUUUCAGACGUCCUGAUGGCUUGCUGCUCCAUAUGAGAAUUCACACAGGUGAGAAGCCGUUCACUUGCAAAAUAUGUGGAAAGGAUUUCAGACGUAAGUGUGAAGUGACAGUCCACAUGAAAAGAGCCCACAGUAGUGAGAAGCUGUAUGUUUGCAACACCUGUGGGAAAACAUUCUGUGACAUGUUUGUAUUGAAGAGACAUAUUAGCAUCCACACAGGUGAAAAGCCAUACACCUGUAAUACAUGUGGGAAAGAUUUCAGACUUAAUAGUGACUUGUUGGUUCACAUGAGAAUCCACACGGGUGAGAAGCCGUAUACCUGCAAACUAUGUGGAAAAGAUUUUGGAUACAAUAGUGACUUGACAGUCCACAUGAGAAUCCACACAGGUGAGAGGCCAUUUUCUUGCCAAACAUGCGGGAAAGACUUCAGACGUAACGAUAGCUUACUGCGCCACAUGAAAAUCCACACGGGUGAGAAGCCGUACUAUUGUGAAACAUGUGGGAAAGAUUUCAGACGGAACUACGAACUGACAGUCCACAUGAAGAGAGCUCACGCUGAUGAGACACCGUACCUUUGCAAGACCUGCGGGGAAAGAUUCCUAUCAGAAUCUGAAUUGGAAAGUCAUAUCAGUGUGCAUACAGACCAGUUGUUUCCUAUUGACAAUGACACAAGUGAGGAGCCACAUAAUGGCAGCACUUGAAGGGAAAGUUUUACUGAAAUCACGUACUUGGGGAAAAAAGCAGAAGAGCAACAUAACACAAGAGAAACCAUAGAGUUGAGACGUAUUCACCAAAUGAAUAAAACACACUUUUGCAGUAGCUACAUCUCCUUACCCGAAUAUAUCAUGUUUUCAAUACAGAUGAGAUGUCAGUAUCUUGUUGUAAAGUGUCCCUUCACAUGACUGUAUUACUUAUAUUUCAGUUGGCUAAAUAUUUCUCUGAGAAAACUGUAAUCUGUCAAAUAAAGGAAAAUGUUAG